AUGGGAAAGCCUUACGCGCUGCUGGUGAUGGGCGUGAGCGGUUCGGGAAAGUCGACUGUGGGCACUCUGCUGGCAUCUGAGCUGGGAUGGAAAUUCUAUGAUGCAGAUGACUAUCACCCUGAGGAAAACCGGAGGAAGAUGAGCAAAGGGAUCCCCCUGAAUGACCAGGACAGGAUUCCAUGGCUCUGCAACUUGCAUGACAUUUUACUAAGAGAUGUAGCCGCAGGCCAGCAUGUGGUUCUUGCUUGUUCAGCUCUGAAGAAAAUGUACAGAGACAUCUUAAAACGAGGCGUCGAUGCUGUCCCUCAGAAAUGUGAUGAGUCAGGCAAGGAAGAAAAGCCACAUGAGGUGAAGCUCUUUGUGGUCCAUCUGAGUGGGUCAUUUGAGAUCAUCUUUGAACGCUUACUCAAAAGAAAAGGGCAUUUUAUGCCCCCUGAAUUAUUGCAGUCCCAGUUCAGCACUCUGGAGGCCCCAUCAGCUCCAGAAAACUUCAUCGAAAUCAGUGUGGACAGAGAGCUUCCAGAAAUCAUUGCUAUAGUCAUGCAAACUCUCCAAGUGCAGUGCGACUCAGAACACAAUGAGGCUUAA